CACGGAGCCCCUCCCCAACAGAAUCGCGGAUUCAAUUUAAAAGCCUGUUAUUGCCGGAAGCACUUCCUGCUCCGCAGAUAGUGAUAAUGUUGUUUAUAUGUUAUGCCUGACUGCACUGACAAUUACGAUCGUCUUGGGUCCCCAGGGAGUUUAUCAUGCACCUGUGUGUGUCCUGCACACAGCUUGCAGGUGGUUCUACACAGUCAGGGCCGUUUCCGGCAGCGGGUGUCAACCCUGGCCAGACUAACUGGUAACUACAACUGCAGACAGCUGCGACUCUCCGGGCACCAGUUCUGACCGCGCUCACCGUAAGACGGAUUCUUUUGCCACCUCCGGGCCUUGCGACUGCCACAAAGCUUGCCUACCACCCGGGAUCUCCUUAACUAAAGAACUCCAUUCCCUUCAGCACCGCCUGCCCAAGGAACUACACUUCCCAGCAGAAGCCAGGGCCGCUACGUCCUCUCCCAGCGUGCUCUAAGGUUCGGCAAGCCGCUGCAAUUAACCCCUUAGUGGCAGCAGCCUACGAUUGAACCACAACCAGCACAGCUUCAGUUUCCUGGUACCCUGGCUUUGGAUAGGAAACAGAGACUACAACUAGGGGCUGCCAUUCCGCCUUCAGAAUGCCGGAGGGUCCGGAGCUGCACCUUGCCAGCUGCUUUGUAAAUGAGACAUGUAAGGGGCUGGUAUUUGGCGGCUGUGUGGAGAAGUCCUCUGUCAGCCGCAACCCCGAGGUACCUUUUGAGAGCAGUGCCUACCACAUCUCAGCCGUAGCCCGAGGCAAGGAGCUGCGCCUGACUUUGAGCCCCCUGCCUGGUGCCCAGCCCCCUCAGAAGCCGCUGUCCCUUGUCUUCCGCUUUGGUAUGUCUGGAUCCUUCCAGCUGGCACCUGCAGAUGCACUGCCACCCCAUGCCCAUCUACGCUUUUACACGGCCCCACCUGCCCCCCGGCUUGCCCUCUGUUUCGUGGACAUCCGCCGUUUUGGCCACUGGGAUCCUGAGGGUGAAUGGCAGCCAGGCCGUGGACCCUGUGUCUUGCUGGAGUAUGAACGGUUCAGGGACAACGUACUUCGGAACCUCUCAGACAAAGCCUUUGACCGGCCCAUCUGUGAGGCCCUGUUGGACCAGAGAUUCUUCAAUGGCAUUGGCAACUAUCUGAGGGCAGAGAUCUUGUACCGGCUGAAGAUCCCCCCUUUUGAGAAGGCCCGUACAGUUCUAGAGGCCCUGCAGCAGUCCCGGCCGAGCCCAGAGCUGACCCUGAGCCAGAAGAUCAAGGCCAAACUGCAGAACCCAGACCUGCUGGAACUGUGUCACUUGGUGCCCAAGGAAGUGGUUCAGCUGGGGGGCAAAGGCUAUGGGCCAGAGCGUGGAGAGGAGGAUUUUGCUGCCUUUCGAGCCUGGCUGCAGUGCUAUGGCAUGCCAGGCAUGAGUUCCCUACGAGACCGGCACGGCCGUACCAUCUGGUUCCAGGGUGAUCCUGGACCCUUGGUACCCAAAGGGGGCAGAUCCCGGAAAAAGAAGUCAAAGGAGACACAGCCGGGGGCCGAGGUCAGAAAAGAGGACCUUCCGCUUUCGAGCAAGACCAUUUCCAGGACUCGGAGGGACAGGAAACAUGCCUCUAAGAGUAAAGCUCAACAGUCUGAAGGGACCAGCCUCCAACAAAACCAGGAAACCCCUACAGCCCUCAAGAAAGGAAAGAGAAGGGGGCGACUGGCAGCCACAGGUCGCCGCAGACCCCCGAAGAGUAAGACCGAUACCCCAUCCCGGGAGGCUAGGAGAACUUCAGCCUCAUAGAGGGAGGUCGCCUUGCUUGGCACUCCUUCCCUGCUGCCUUGCUGUGGGUCUGGGGGUAUGUCUGAUCCCCUGGGAGCAGUAUUUGUAGGGCUGUGUGCCCUAGGCCAUCUGACUUUUCCUGUACAGCUGUUUUUUGAAGCAGGAUCUCAUACAUCUUAGGCUGGCCUUGAGCUGGGAUGUACCCAAGGAUGACAAUGACUUCCUGACUGAUCUUUAUUUCCAUACCAUAAUUGCUGGGAUUACAGAUGUGAGCCAC